CCAUAUUGUAUCUUUUUUUCUCUAUAAACGAACGCAUCAUCAUGAUUCAUGAACACAAUAACACAGCUCCAACACCAAAAGCUUCAUUGUUGUUAAUGGAGGAUGAUCUAUGCAAGAGAGAAUCUGCAGCUGAGAUCUCAAGAAACUCAUCGGUGGGAGGUUCUUCUAGAGUGUUCUAUUACUAUCAUCAUCGGAGCCUCGACGAAGGUGUUCCUUUUAAGUGGGAGAUGCAGCCGGGAACUCCGAUCAAUCCUCCUCCGGAAGAAAUACUUCGUCCGAUAACUCCUCCUCCGGCGUUUCUCAGUCUUGGUUUCCCAAAACCCUCAAUCUCAGUCGUCGGAGAUUCUAAUAAACAUUCUCUUUUUCCGGCGAAUCUUAAGCUUUGGAGGUGGAAGAAUCUUCGUAAGAGAUAUUUCUCUAGAUGGUCAAGCCAAAACAUGCUAAGUAAAGAUUACAUUAAUGGUCGUGGUGGUAGUUCAAAUUCUUGUGAUGAACUGGAGAGAUUCGAGAAGUUUGAUGAGGAUUACAGGUCGAGCUCAUCUUCUUCUUCUUCUUCGUCUUCUUCUUCCUCGAAAGAUCGAAGAUUGAUAAAGGCUUCCCCACGUCAAUGGUUUAGCGGUUGUCCACCUCGGAAUUCAAGAAACCAUCAUACAGGUUUUCGUUAAAAUUUUCACAUUUAGUACCAAGAUUAUUUGUAUUGAUGGGCCAGUUAUCUAAUAUG